AUGCCUCGGGGUCAAAAAAGUAAGCUAAAUGCCUGUGGGAGACGCCGCCACCGCCGCCGCAGAGCCCAAAAUAGUGCUCAGGCUUCUGAAAGUUCUAAGGAAACAAUAGAGGCAGAAAAAGAGUCCUCUCCUGAAUCAUGUGGUGCCUCUGAGAUAUCAGAUGACGAUUCAAUUUCCAGAUUAGCUACCCUCAUCCUUGCGUGUGAUUUUUCAGAUGAAAGUUCUAUUGAUGAUCUUGAUGAGGAAAGCUUUUUUUGCUAUCACCACUCCAUUAACCGCCAAAAUAUUCUGGCCAGAAAGGUCAUUCUGCUGUUGCAGAUGAUGCUUGACAACUACAAAACAAAGCAGCUUACUACCAUGGAAGAUAUAAUGCAGGUUAUUGAUGAGAAGGAAAUUGAUGUCCUCCCUGAGAUCCUCAGGGAAGUUUCUGAGAGACUUGCAGAUAUCUUUGCAGUUGAGCUGAGGGAAGUUGAAUCAAGCCGGGGGGCAUAUGAUCUUAUCAGUAAGCUGAAACUACCCAACAAUGGGAGGGUUCGUGCUGGUAAGGGCUUUCCCAAGACUGGUUUCGUGAUGACUAUUCUGGGCUUGAUCAUUUUGAAAGGCAACUGUGCCAGAGAAGAAGACAUCUGGACAACACUAAAAUCUAUAGGUGUAUAUCCUGGGAAGAAGCACCGCAUCUUUGGUGAACCCCGGAAGCUCAUGACCCAGUAUUUGGUGAAGCUGCAGUACCUGGAGUACCGGCAGGUGGCCAACAGCGACCCUCCACGCUAUGAGUUCCUGUGGGGUCCCCAAGCCUACGCUGAAACAAGCAAGAAGAAAGUCCUGGAAUUUUUGGCCAGGAUCAAUGAGCUCUCCUCUAAUUACACUGCUGAUUUUUAUGAAGAAAUUUUAAAGGAAGACCAAGGGAAGAAUUGA